CUCCUGCGCGAGAGACUCGAGGACUCCCCUCCCCCCCCUCUCCAAACCCUCGCCUCGGCUCCCCCGCAGCCGCGCACGCCACCGCCGUCGCCUCUCCUCUCCACCGCCUCCCCACCCACCCGCUAGGUUUCCGCCGCUGCCCGGGGUUCUCGCCGCCGCGCCGCCCUCCCCCACGCUCGCUCUCCGGGUGGGGGUGGUGCCGCCCCUCUCCUCCUCCGUUUCCAGGCGGGUGCCGGCCGGGGGGGUCUCUCGCCCUCGUCUCCUCUCCCCCUGGUCGUCGGCACCGGCGGCUGGGAACUCGCCGACGCGUCGUUUCCCCGCGAGGCCGCCGCCUAGAUCUGGAGGAGGGGGUUUGGGGGUAAAAUACUGUUUGUUAGACAACAAGAUUGAGAUUCUCAAACCUGUUGGCUGGUGCUAUAUCAUUUGCAUUUGGUUGAACUCGAAACCAAAAGGUGCAAUACUGUUGGCCACAUAACACUAUUCAGAUUCUCAAACCUUUUGGCUGAUGCUGUAUCAUUUGCAUUUAAUUAAAGUUGAAACCAAAGGCUGGCAACUUGUUAAAAUUGGUGUACCAUUUGUUAUUUGAAGCCAUAGCAUAUCUCAGCUCCUGAACAAUAAGGUGCUGUAUUCAGCACAGUUUAAGUGUGAAAAAGAAUGGAUAGAAAAAUCACACUUUGUUGCCACUGGUAUGCUUUUGAAAGAAAUUAGGGGUUUGGAUCUCUAUCUAUUCUAGUUACAAUGGAUUGCAACAAAGAUGAGGCUGUUAAGGCAAAAGCUUUGGCUGAAAAAAAAAUGCGGGAGAAGGAUUUCGCUGGUGCAAAAAGGAUGAUUAACAAGGCACAAAAUCUCUCCAAAGAUGUUGACAGCAACAUUUCACAAAUGUUAACUGUUUGUGAUAUUCAUUGUGCUUCUGCAACGAAGGUUAAUGGAGAGAUUGAUUGGUAUGGUAUACUUCAAGUACCUGUCACAGCUGAUGACACACUAAUAAAGAAACAAUAUCGUAAGCUUGCUCUUUUGCUACAUCCAGACAAGAACAAUUUUGCAGGUGCAGAGGCAGCAUUUAAAUUAGUGGGAGAAGCAAACAUGACGCUUACAGACCGCUCAAAACGUUCUGUCUAUGACAUGAAAAGAAAUGCCUCAGUCAGAAUUGGUUCUGCAAGAGUUCCUUAUCAGCAAUCAAGGAGAACUGCACCUGUUAGACCUACCACUACACCUGUGAAUCUCCAUAAUGUGCAUCAAUCACAACAGCAUAAGCCCUCAAAUCCUUCAGACUCACAAACAUUUUGGACCAUAUGCCCAACUUGUGGCAUGCGAUAUCAAUACUACCUUUCAAUAUUGAAGAAAGCUCUCCGUUGUCAGAAUUGCUUGAAGCCCUUUGUUGCACUUGAUUUAAACGAGCAAGCUGUUCCUUCUGGGGCAAAUCAGAGGUCUGCUGGGGUGUGGAAAAGUUCAGGAGCACCACAAAACUUUCCAGGUUCACAAGCAAAUGUAGGACAGCAAGCUCAGAAUUCUGCCAAUCCAGUCCAUGCUAAUUUUGGUUCUCAUAAUGCACAUGUAGAAACAAAGAGGGGAGCUGAUGGAAACGAGGCUGGUGGGCUAAAGAACAAAAGAAAAUUUGCUAAGGCAACAGGGAAUUCUUCAAAAGCUUCUUCAGUUGCUGGAUCAAAAAAGCGCAGAAAAGCUAUGUUUGAAUCUAGUGAAUCUAGCGCUUCAGACACCAGCACUGAUAGCGAAGAAGAGAUUAUUGAAGAUGGUCCUGCUGCAAGUAAUGUAGGGCCAGAUCAACAUCCCCGCAGAUCAAGCAGGCAGAAGCAAGAAGUUAAGUAUAAUGAAGAUAGCGAUGGUGACGACACUGACUGUCACGGCAAUGGUGAUGAUGGUUUUGUGAGUUCUCCCAGUUUGAAAAGGUUAAGGAAAGGCGGUCUGUUUCAUGGUGGUGAAAACAAUGAAACUAAGUUGAAUGCUGACACAACUGGGCCUGGGCAUGAUGGUCCAACUAAUGGUGUUAAUAAUUACAAUAAUACAGAAGACAUAGAGAGAGGCUCUGCUUGUGCUGAGCAAAUCAAGAGGGAAACAAUGUCUGGUGGAGGAAAUAGUGCUGAGAAAGAAAAAUUAUCCCAUUCUGUCAGCAACAAUGGUCUAGAGUCAAACUCUGAUGAUGCUCCAAAUGAGGUUAUUUGUGCGGAUUCAGAAUUUUUUGACUUCAAUCAACUUCGACAUAUAAAUCAGUUUAAAGCCAACCAGAUAUGGGCUUGCUAUGAUAGUCAAAGCUGUAUGCCAAGAUACUAUGCUCGAAUUACAAAAGUAAAACAUGUCCCGAAGUUUAUGUUAAAUUUCAUUUGGCUGGAGUUUGAUCCCAAAAAUAAAGCAGAGGCUGCUUGGUCUUCUGGGGACCUACCAGUGUCUUGUGGACGUUUUAAGCAUGGAGUGUCAGAUACAGCAAAAGAGAGCAGUAUGUUCUCUCAUGCCAUUUUCUAUGAAAAAAACAAGACAAGAAACUCUUAUGAAAUAUAUCCUAGGAAAGGCGAAGUAUGGGCUCUUUUCAAGGGUUGGGAUAUUGAUUGGAGUGCAGAUGCUGACAAACACAAAAACUAUGAGUAUGAAGUUGUUCAAGUCCUCUCUGAUCUCACUAGUAGCACUAGCAUCAUUGUCAUGCCACUUGUAAAGAUAAAAGGCUUUGUUAGCUUGUUUAUUCAGUCUAAAGAGGCAUCCCCAUAUGUGAUACCUCAGGAUGACACACUAAGGUUUUCACAUUGUGUCCCUCGUCAUACGAUGAUUGGAACCGAAAAAGAAGGGAUUCCAGAAGGGGCUAUUGAACUUGAUCCUGCGGCGCUUCCUCUGAACUUUGGAGUGGCUUUUGCUUCUGUUGUUCCAGAAAGCUGCUGUUCAGUGAAAGUGCAGGGUUCUGGUGCUGAACACAUAGGUUCAUCCAGUGGAAAUAACUGUCACAAGGGAUCGGUGGAUGUUGGGGAGAGCCAACAUGCUACAUGCGCAAAUACAGGGUUCGCUACAAGGACAACAAAGGCAGAGAUCAAUGAGCACAACGCUCGAUCUGCAGUAGAAGGUACAGAUGAUGACGAGGAACCUGAUGAUUUUGCCCAAGCAGAAGUACUAUAUCCUGAAUCAGAAUUCUUUGAAUUUUCAGAAAUAAGAUCGAUCCACAAAUUUCAACCUGGGCAGAUCUGGGCUCUCUAUAGUGAUGUAGAUAAGUUCCCCAAUUACUAUGCCUGCAUAAAAACUGUUGAUGUCAAGAAUAAUGAACUGCAAGUAAGAUGGCUUGAUGCUUGCCCACAGAGUGAAGAGGAGAGAAGAUUGGUAAGAGAAGAUCUAACAGUUGCGUGCGGAACCUUUAAGAUUUCCAGUUUCCAUGGUAUUCAAACUUACAAUGGUACAGAGUACUUGUCUCAUCCUGUACAGGCCAAACCUGGUAGAAGAAAUGAAUAUGAAAUAGUUCCUUGCCAAGGUGAUAUUUGGGCUGUUUUCAAGAACUGGAGGACUGGAUGGACCGCAAAAGAUUAUAAGAAAUGUGACUAUGAAUUGGUGGAGAUAUUUGGCCACACUGAUUCAUCCAUACAAGUUCAGCUUUUAAGAAAGGUGGAUGGUUAUAGGGCAGUAUUUAUGCCAGACAGAAGAGAGGGAGCUGUGAAGACAAUAAGGAAAGAUGAGUACCCAAAGUUCUCUCACCAGAUUCCUUGCUUCCAUCUGACAAAUGAAAGAGGAGGCAAGCUUCGAGGUUUUUUGGAGCUCGAUCCUUUGUCAGUGCCAGAGAUGUUUCUUUUCACCGAAUCAAUCUGAGAUAAGCCUUAUCCCAAGUUAAUCUGCUAGAGCAUUUCUUGUGAUGCUACCGGAACUAAAGGUUUUCCAGAAGUUGGGUAGUCCACAAUUCAAUAUUUUGCUUAGUGACAGAAGCUGCUGGAUUUUCAGAAUUUGUAUGUAGCAGUAAUGUUAUGGGCCGCAGCUUUUGCCUAUUCUCCAAUCCUCACUAUGAAGGCGUUGUCAGGCAAUCGGGACCGUUUUGCAAGAUUAGCUGCAGUCUGAACUGAUUAAUUUUCCUGCAGCUGCUUUACCUAGUUACCGAUAGUUGUAUCUAGUUCUCUAGCUGGACUAUCAAUCGUCCUUUCUCUUGUCGUACUUUGCAUUGUUGGACCAUGUAAAAUUGAACUGUGCGAGGCCAGUCUGAUUAAUUCGGAAAUCUCUGUUGGCCUCCCUUUCCUGGAACUUAAUGAAUUGAGUCCAACUUCUGUUUA